AAAAUCUCUGUAGAAAUUGAUCAAUUUGAUUUUGUCUAAUAUCUUGCUGCCAGUGGAACUAAAGAAUCGGCGAGUUUCUCUUAAACCUCCGCCGGGAAUCGACUGCAACAUCCAAGCAAGCUACAAUGUCGUCUGGAUUCAGCAAUGGCAUUAGGGUUUUCAGAGGCUGUAGAGCUCUAUUAGCUCCGUCGAAAUCAUCGGCUGCCGUUCCCGCCGCCAUCAAAUCGAAGGAGAAGGCUCCUCCGAGCUCCGAUGACGUUGUUUCUGCAGCCGCGCCCAAGCCGAAAAUCAAAAGGGUAACGACUCGAUCGACGGGGAUUCUCAAGGUCGUCGAGGUUUCUCCAGCGUUGAGCAACUUCUUAGGUGUAUCGGAGGUUUCUCGCACCAACGCCGUCAAGCAGAUCUGGUCCUACAUCAAGCUCAACAACCUUCAGAAUCCUGCUAACAAAAGGGAGAUCUUCUGUGACGAUAAGCUUAAAGCCAUAUUCGAAGGAAGGGAAAAGGUCGGUUUCCUCGAGAUCGCGAAAUUGCUCACUCACCAUUUUGUGAAGGACUGAUCAGUACAGAAGAUGAGAGAUCAACUUCCAGACCAUUUUGUGGCUCUUUAUCUUGCAGCCUCAACUCUUAUAGUUUUGUUUGGCUCAUGUUUGUUUAGGCAUUUUGUAAAAAAGAAAGCACCAAAUUAGACGCCUUCCAUUUUCUUCACAAGCCUAAGCUUCUUUGUGCUUGCUCAACAAUACUUCUUUUGGUUCAUGGAAGUAGGUUGUUCGUAUGGUACCUCGUUCUAAUCGUACGGAUCUUUAAGUUUUCAAUUUACUUGGAAUCUCAAAUGUUUUAUUAUGAUUUUUCGUCGA